CGUCGCGUUCACGUUACCGGAAGUCCACGGUACCUAAACAGCCAAGAUAAUAAUAAUACAGCGAGUACUCGAUCUCGCAGAACCUCAGAUUGACAGGUCGUCGCCGAGAAGCGAUGUCCAACAAAAGAUGGAUAUCGAAAACAGACCAGAAGAGACAGGAUUCCCCGCGCUGGCCCGCAAACUCGCCAUCAACCCGGAUUACGAAGGUUUUGUCUUCCGCACCUUCGACCGGCUCAGCGCCCGGAAUCUGCUUCACAUGGAGGCAAAACUGGCUUGUCUGGAAUGGAAGCUCGAUCAAGUGGACGAACGGGUUGCCCACGGAGACAACGAGGGCCUCCGGUCGAUCCGUGCCUGGGAGGCUUUCGAGGAAAGCGCUAAGCACGACGCUCGGCCUGAGUAUUUGCAAAUGAAGAUGUGCGAAGAAAUAAAAGAGGCUCUGAAAGAGUACCAGGAGGCUCUCUUACGCCAACAUCAAGUCGCGAGUCUUGGAGAACCGGAAACCCGAGUCCUCAAAGCCUUACGAAACCAGUCCCACAGUACUCAGGGGGACCCUCUCCUAGCUGGCCUCGCUGCCAACAGGCUCGACGACAGCAACCGAUGGGAUCUUGUGGCCAUACGUCGCCCCGUCGACAAGGACAUGCUGUUCGUCUUCCUCCAGAACCACUGGAUGUUCCGAACAACCAAAAUCCCCAAUGACACGGAGUACUACAAGGAAAACCACGUCGCCUGGGCGGGCGCCGUCAUUAGCACCGGAGCUGCCGCAGGUCUCCUGCUCGGGGCGAUAGUGGCGCUGCGGGUGCUGGAAGACCGAGAUGUCCAGCUGGGGCUUAUUGGCAUAUUCAUGGCUCUCUUUGCCAUCAGCGUGGCCGUCUUGACAAAUGCAAGGAGGGCCGAGGUGUCCGCCUCCACGGUGGCGUACGCGGCGUUUCUUGUUGUCUUCGUCUCAUCGUCGCCGUGGUCCUCGGGCGUUGGCAAGGAUUGUGCACGAUGAGUUUGCUGAGCCGACCUGAGGUACAAGCCUGGUGCAGAUUGUUCCAAUAUGGCCAUAUUCUAGGGUAAUAGCAAGCCCCGUUUCACUCCAA